GGCGGGGCGACGCGGCGGCCAUGGCGGCGGCAGCGGCGGCGGCGCAGCGGCAGCUGGAGCUGCUGCAGGAGGAGCGGGAGGCCGAGCUCGCCCAGAGCAGGCCAGCAAACGGCUGUGUCGCCCCUGUGCGUUUCCCAGGACAUGGCAGGAGAACGUCUCGCUGAAGGAGCUGCAGCGCAGGGGCGUCUGCUUGCUCAAACUCCAGGCCGCCAACCAAAGAACGGGCCUGUACGGGCGGCUGCUGGUGACGUUUCAGCCCAGAACAUACAGUGCGGACGCUGAGCUGCCCUCUAACAGUUUUGGGCCUGGUGACAUUGUGGGUCUUUAUGAAUCAGUUGGCCAGAGUGAUCCGCUCUCCACCGGCAUCGUAACGCGCGUCACCUCCAAAUCGGUGACUGUUGCCUUUGAGGAAUCUCGGGAUGGCAUGCCGAGCCUGGACCGAGAGAGCUCCUACCGCCUGCUCAAACUAGCCAACGACAUCACCUACAAGAGGCUGAAAAAGGCUUUAAACGCGCUGAGUCAGUAUCGUGGUGGUCCAGCCUCUGACCUGAUCGAUGUCCUCUUCUUUUCUUCUGAUCCAAGCACAUUCAGUGAAACAAAGCCUUUGAAGCUCUACAAUGACUCCCUGGAUGCAUCGCAGAAGGAGGCCGUCUCCUUCUCCCUGGCACAGAGAGAGCUUGCCAUCAUCCACGGACCACCCGGCACAGGGAAGACCACAACAGUAAUAGAGAUCAUCUUGCAAGCUGUACAGCAAGGCCUGAAAGUGCUGUGUUGCGCCCCUUCCAACGUUGCGGUGGAUAAUCUGGUGGAGAGGCUGGCCGGCUACAAAGCCCGCAUCCUGCGCCUGGGGCACCCGGCUCGCCUCCUGGAGCCCAUCCAGCAGUACGCUUUGGACGCGGUCUUGGCCCGCGGCGACAGCGCUCAGAUAGUGGCGGAUAUCAGGAAGGAGAUCGACCAGGCCUUCGCAAAAACCAAAAAGGCUCAAGACAAGGGAGAACGGAGCCAUUUUCUAAGUGAGAUAAAGGCACUGAGGAAGGAGCUGAAGGAACGAGAAGAAACCGCUAUGACUGCAGCCCUUACCCAUGCCAGCGUUGUCCUUGCUACAAAUACAGGUGCUUCCUCCGAUGGCCCGCUGAAGCUGCUUCCCGAAAACCACUUUGACCUGGUGGUGAUAGAUGAGUGCGCCCAGGCCCUCGAAGCCAGCUGCUGGAUACCUCUGCUGAAAGCGCCCAAGUGCAUCCUGGCUGGCGACCACAAGCAGCUUCCCCCCACCAUCAUCUCGCACAAGGCUGCUGCCAAGGGCCUUUCACUGAGCUUGAUGGAGCGUCUCACGGAGAGGUACGGGGAGAAGGCCACGCGGAUGCUGACGGUGCAGUACCGCAUGCACCAGGCCAUCAUGCAGUGGGCUUCCUCGGAGAUGUACAGCGGCCGGCUCACCGCCCACCCGGCGGUCGCCCAGCAUUUGCUCAAGGACCUGCCAGGCGUCAGGCCUACGGAGGAGACCACAAUUCCCUUACUGCUGAUAGACACCGCCGGCUGCGGCCUGUUUGAGCUGGAAGAGGAAGACGAGCAGUCCAAGGGGAAUCCAGGCGAGGUGCAGCUGGCCGGGUUGCACAUCCAGGCUUUGGUGGAAGCCGGCGUGAAGGCCCGAGACAUUGCCGUUGUAGCUCCCUACAACCUCCAGGUGGACAUGCUAAGAGAGCACCUUUGCCACAGGUACCCAGAGCUGGAAAUUAAAUCAGUUGAUGGCUUCCAGGGAAGAGAGAAGGAGGCAGUGGUCCUGUCGUUCGUGAGAUCCAACAGGAAGGGCGAAGUGGGCUUUCUCGCCGAGGACCGGCGGAUAAACGUGGCGGUGACCCGUGCCCGGCGCCACGUGGCUGUUAUCUGCGACUCCCGCACCGUCGGCAACCAAGCCUUCCUGAAGCGCCUCGUGGAUCACUUCGGCCAGCACGGGGAGGUGCGCACGGCUUUCGAGUACCUCGACGACCUCGUGCCGGACAACUACUCUCACGAGGGCCACGGUGAGCGCCGGGAGGACGCCAAGGUCCCCGCCGCCUCCGCGCCCAAACCGCAGCCGCCUCCGGCGCGGAAACGCAACCCGGCGGCCCCCAAAGCAGCUUCCCCAAAGCCAGAGGCGCGUUUCUCCCCGAGCGGCCCUGGGGUAGAGACCCCGGGGCCGAAAGACGCCGCAGAGAGACUCAAGGCCACGCUGGUGGCGUUCCUGGAGAGCGGCGAGCCGCAGCUGGCUUUCCCUCCGUCCCUCAACGCGCGCGAGCGGCUGCUGGUGCACGUGAUGGCGGAGGAGCACGGGCUGCAGCACGCGAGCACCGGCCAAGGCAGGGAGCGCUACGUCAGCGUUCGCAGGAGGGAGCCCGCCGCCGCGGCCCCCGGCGAGCAGCUCCCCCCUCCUCGGCCGCACGACGCCGGCGGGGAGGCUCCCGGCCCUGCGGAGGAGGACGGGAGCCGCGAGGCCUCGGGGAAAGUGGACCUCAAGUCUCUGCACCUGGAGAGAGUGCGGAGGGAGAAGGCCAGGCGGGAGCAGGAGGCAAGGCGGGCGCAGGAGCUGGGUGCCGGCCUGCAGCGCGGCGGCGGGAAGAAGGACAAAAGCGAAGGCAAGGGAAAGCAAACCGGAGCAGCCGGCGCAGCAGAGGAAGAUAUCGACGCUCUGAUUUCCGCUGCCGUUAAAGCUGACAACACCUGCGGCUUCCCCCGCUGCAAAGCCAGCGUCGCGACCCUGGGCCAGCUUUGCCUCCACUGCAACAGGCGCUACUGCCUCAGCCACCACGUCCCGGAGGUUCACGGGUGCGGGGAGAAGGCCAAGGGCCACGCGCGGCAGCGGAUCAGCAGGGAAGGGGUGCUCUACCCCGGCAGCGGCACCAAAGACAAGGCCCUGGACCCGGCCAAGCGAGCCCAUCUCCAGAGGCGCCUGGACAAAAAGCUCAGCGAACUCACCAGCCAGAGGAAGAGCAAAAAGAAAGAUAAAGAAAAAUGAAGCAUCUCACUCUUUCUCUCUGACAGCUAAGCUAAAUUAUUUUUUUUGACUUGAAAUCACAGGUCAGAGUAGAUAAACCAAAGAUGCCGUUCAGGGCACGGGACCCUGCCGGGCCAGGUGGGAGAAGGGCGCUCUGCUUUCGGACAGCAGACAGCUCGGAGGCAGCGUGCUGUAAAACCGCUGAAUAGCUCGUCGCUGGGCCUCCCUAAGCCCCAGAGCUGCGACGGAGGGAGGCGAGCGACUUGCUUUAUCCUGGUUGUUUUUAUUGAUGAGGUAAGAGAUGUACACGGGGAGGCUGAGGAAUGGCAAUAAAGACGGAUGUUAAAACACC